UCGUCCACGGCUGCGUAGUUAGAUGUAACCGGUAACAGAAGCCUCGAUUUCUGGACGAAACUGCCGGAGGAAGCUGGCGAAUCUCGCCGCUCUUCACUCUUCACUCACUUGCACCGGACUCGAUUUCAUUUGUUAUUUCUCAACAAUACGCAUUGAGUGAAACCCCGGUUUUGCCCGGGUUAACUCUGGCUGGCUGCUUCAACUCGGUUCCACUUUCCCGUGAGUUCGACGAAGAAACGAAAGUGAAAGCGGCGGAAGCCUGAGGACCGAGGACCGAGGACCGAGGACUAGAACGGGCUCUUCGUCUCGGUCUGUGGGUUUUUGUGCGGGACGACGGGAUGGACGAGUGCGAGGGUCCGCCGCCGGUGACCGUGGAGGGCGACUGGAGUUCGGUUCAGACCAGAUACCUGAGGAACAAACUGCAGCUUCACUUCCAGAGCAAGAAGAAGUCCGGCGGGGGAGACUGCCGGGUGGAGGUGGAGGACGGAGCCCCGAGAGCUGCCCUGUACUUCCAGUCGGAGGAGGUGAGAGCGCGAGUCCUCGCCAGGGAAAGCCAUGAAAUCGUCCUGGACAAUCAGACCAUCAAGUUACGGCUGAUUUCUGCCGCGAUCCCAGCGAGCUGCGACGACAUCUCAGAUUCCUCCACAGACGCAAAGACUCGGAGGCCAGAAGUCGAACCUGGAUAUGGAGCCGCUGCAGCGAACAAAGAGGACUCCGAGUCCGCUCAGAGCGACGCAGUGGUGCUGGAGAACGUGUCAGACGACAAGUGCAGGGCUCUGCUGCUGAUGCUGGUGGAGAACAUCUCGGGUUUGGACGAGAGCAGCUUCCGUCUGGAGACCAUCUGGGAAUCCAGCAGAGCCGUGGUCGCCUUCAACAAGCCGGCAGACGCGGAGCGGUUCCUGACUUUGAGUCAGACCAGCGGGAGGCUGCAGAAACAGGGACUGACGGCUCGACCGCUGGAGGCAGCAAGGAGCGUCCGAGUGGAGAGUCUUCCUCCGACUGUGACCGAAGUCAUCUUGGAGCUGUAUUUUGAGAAGAACUGGGCUCUGCCGGACAAUGUCGUCAUAAUCCCGCAUGAACAGGCUGCCAUUGUCACUUUCACUGACCCUACAGUUGUGAAAAGCAUUUGCAUGAAAGAAGACUACAUGAUAUGCUCCAACCCUGUCAAGGUGUAUCCAUACCACGAGUCACUUGGCACCGCCUUGUAUGGUAAAGAACGACCACAAUGGAAGUUGCCCAAGCCCUUCACCGAGAGCGUUAACCACGCUGUCAGGAAAUUCCUCCUGAUGAAGAAACAGUUAAAAGCCAUCAACGAUCAGAUGCGUCCGUACUUCUGCAGCGUGGACUUGUUUAAUCCUGAGGUGAAACUCAGCCCUCUCCCGAGCUUUUUGAGGCAGAAAGGUCUGACCGCCAAACAUGUAGAUAACUGGAAGAAUACCGCCCAAGAGGCCUUCCGUAAGCAAAUGUCUCAGUUCUCAACCUUUGAAUGUCCAGUGAAUGCACCUGCAUGGAAAGCUGCAGAGAAAGAUGUCCGUGCGGUUGUCAGGGAAAACGCUGUCCUGGAGCUUGAUGCAUCUAGGGGGAUUUUGACUGCGGCUGGCCGAGCUGAGGAUCUAAAACAAAUCAGGGCUCCUGUGGAGAACAUUCUCCUUAAAGCCAUGAGUCAGAUCGAACGGCAGAAAAAUGGUGUCUCUGACAUAAUGAUUUUGUCCCCUGCAAUGUUCUACAUCCUGAAGCAGGAUGGGUUACAGAGAGCAACAGUCGACAUUUCCCCUGAGAUGAAGCUCUCCUACAACGAAGGCACCCAGAGGUUAACCGUUUCUGGACUCCCUACAGAGGUUUACAAGACUAAAGCGUGGAUCUUGGAGAAGAAACAGCAUUUGAGUAAAAAACAACUGAAUUUCUCCCCAUGUCUUUUAGACUUUCUUAAGACAAUAGAUCCCAUGGACAUGUCCCGGGACCUGUUCACAUCCCAAGGGAUCAGUGCCAUCUACACUAUUGACAGCAAAGGGGUUUUACUGUUGGGGAGUUCUGACAGCAUCCUCACUGACGCAGAAAGUAAGAUGAAGAUGGUUUUGUCCGUGCACACUCUGGAUGUGGAAGACCAGGAGGUUCUGAAACUUCCCAACUGGGUGCACCUGAACCAACAACUUUUGGACACUUACAACUCCUCAAAGAAGAAAACAGUGGUCGUUCAGAUCCACCCAGAGAAAAGUAAUCAAAUAUCUGUGGCUGGCUUUGUGAAUCCAGUGAGAGAGGUCAGCCGCAGUCUGAAAGAAUUCAUUGUGAACUACUCACAAGUUCAGGAAAUCAUUCGUUGCAAGUCCUGUGCUGUUGUUCAGUUCGUUGACAAGAAAAAAUCACAUAAUUUUUUCCGCAUUGUCAAAGCUAAUAACUUGUCAGUCCAUUUUGAUUCAGAGAGGCGGAGAAUCAUUAUCUCCGGGGCUCGUCUUCACGUUCAGAAGGCCAGAUCCUGCUUUCAGGAACUGACUCGUGCUCUCUUCACUGACAACUUCAUCGUGGACAAGCCUGGAGCUAAGAAGUAUUUCCAGUCUCAGGGAGGCAUGUUCCUGUCUACAAUAAUGACCGAGUUCAGCUGUGUGGUGUUGCUUCGUCCAGAGAAUCAAGAGGAAGAGGAGGAGGAUGAGAACUACAAGGAAGAAGGGGGCCGUUGUUACUGCAAAGUGCAGACCCCCGCUGGAGUUCUGGUUUCAGUUAGCAAGGUGGACAUCUGUAGCCUCAGCGUUGACGCAGUGGUUAAUGCAGCUAACGAGGGAUUACAGCACAUUGGUGGCCUGGCUUUGGCACUGCUCAAGGCCGCAGGACCACAGCUGCAGAAAAUCAGCAACGACUAUAUCUCCAAAAAUGGAAAUCUACGCCCAGGCUAUGCCACCAUAACAGAUGCGUGUAACCUGCCUUGCAAGUAUGUCGUACAUGCAGUUGGUCCGCGGUUCUUUGACUCUGACAAGACGACAUCGGUGUCGCGUCUGAAGCUCGUUGUCAAAGAAAGUCUGAAACAAGCAGAGAUGGUCAACUGUUCCACCGUCGCCAUGCCAGCGAUCAGCUCCGGUGUGUUUGGUUUUCCUGUUGACCUCUGUGCUGAGACCAUAGCUCAGGCAGUGCGGGAGUACUGCGACAGUCCACGAAGUCCGGGAUCGUUGACUGAGAUUCACCUGGUGGAUAACAACGAUAACACUGUCAGAGUCCUGGCCAAAGCUGUCAACCGCGAGUUCGCUCACCUUGGGCCGACUAUGACGGUACCACAGCAGGCAGGCGGAAGAGGCACUGGGGCCUCGGGUGGAUAUCAACGAGGUCGAGGUCGUGGUCGUGAUCGAGGUCAGAGCCCGUCUCCCAGGGGUCAUUGGUGUGGCGAAAGAAGAGGAAGAGGAGGAGGAAGAGGAGCUGGAUUCCGUGGAGGCCUGCAGGGUAACAGGGGAGGUCAGAGCCCCCGGGGACACACCAGGCCUGGAGGGCAUGGAGGGCCGGGGAGGACGGAGCAGACCAAAGCUGAGGGCCUGAAGAUCGUUCUCUGCAAGGGAAACAUUCAGGAUCAGACUACCGACGUCAUCGUCAACACCAUCUCAGAGGAUAUGAAUCUGAAGCAGGGAGCUGUUUCCAAAGCGAUCCUGGAGGCGGCCGGGCCCCAGCUGCAGUCGGCCGUUCGGUCCGAGGCUGGGGUGGCCACGCUGCAGCAGAGCGACGUCGUCAUCACCGACGGCUUCAAACUCUCGUGUCGGAAAGUCUUUCACGCCGUUUGUCCUUUCUGGGACAACGGGGGAGGGCGGGCAGAGGAGGCGUUAACAACCAUCAUCAGAUAUUGUCUGGAGGAGGCCGAGAAGCAGAGGAUGACGUCGCUGUCCGUCCCGGCCAUCGGUACGGGCAACCUGAGCUUCCCCAGAGACGUGGUGUGCAGGGUCCUGCUGGGGGAGAUCCACUCAUACAGUCGCAAGAGACGUCCUCGCCACCUGAGAGAGGUGGCCGUCGUGGUUCACCCCAGUGACAGCCAAACGGUGGACUGUUUCACCAGGGAGUUCAAAGGUCAGACUGGUCCCACAAACGUCCAACAUGAGGCACAGGAAUUGAACGAGUCAGCAGAUCAGAAACCGCUCGGCCAAUCACAACAGUCGUCAGCCUCCUUCGGUCGGGUGUCGUUCCCUUCCCUCGGCGUGUACCGGAUGCAGAUGGGUCAGCUCACCCUCGAGGUGUCGUCAGGAGACAUCACCAAGGAGGCCAGUGAUGUCAUCGUCAACGCCUCCAAUGUGGACUUCACCCUGAAAUCAGGAGUGUCCAAGGCGAUCUUAGACGGCGCUGGACCCACGGUGGAGCAGGAGUGCUCGCGGAUCGUGAACUCUCCGGGUUACCGGGCCUGUCCGAUGAUCCUGACGUCAGCCGGAAACCUGUCCAGCAAAAGCAUCGUCCACGUCGUCGGCCAGAACGAUCCCGCAAAGAUCAAGGACAUGGUUUACUCGGUGCUGAAGCUCUGCGAGGAAAACAAGUUCAGCUCCGUCUCCUUCCCCGCCCUGGGAACAGGUCAGGGAGGGGCCGACCCGUCGGCGGUGGCAGACGCGAUGGUGGAAGCGGUGGUGGAUUUUGUGAGGAAGAAGAACCAGAGGUUGGUCAGCAGCGUGAAGAUCCUGAUCUUCCAGACGGCCAUGAUCACGGAGUUCCACAAGAGCAUGAAGAGGAGAGAGGGAGAGGAGGUGGAGAAGAGCAUGUUCACCAAAAUCAAAGACACCUUCGCUUCGCUUUUAACGGUAUUUGGGGAGGAGCAGACCAGCACCGAGGACCUGGUUCUGGAGGGGGAGGAGUUCGAGCCCAUAGUGUUUGAGCUGUGCUCUGACAACGAAAAGGCUGUGAGUCAGGCUAAGGAAAAGAUAAAGGCGCUGAUUGUGGCCGAGCAGGCUGAGAGAACCAUCACUGACCCGCACAUUAGUCAGCUGUCGCAGGCCGACGUGGAGCAGCUGAAGGCCCUGCAGAGGAAACUGACGGUGAGCAUCCGCCUGAACAAAGGGCUGCAGGACCAGGAGCCCAACAUCCAGCUGGAGGGCCUGACCAGGGACGUCUUCAUCGCCGAGUCUGAAAUCUGGGACCUGAUCCGCAAGGUGGAGAGGACGGAGAACCUGAAGAGCAAGGCCUUGCUGGUGAGUGGACUGGUAGAGUGGCAGUUUCAGCACAGCAAUGGGGUAAUGGUGCCCUUUGACAUGUGCACCAACCUCAACCUCGAGGAGGCUCUGAAGAAAAAACAAAGUGUGAAGAUCAAGAUCAACCAGGAAGCGUACACGGCGGACGUAAUGCUUCAAAAAGCAGUUUCGGCAGACGGGCAAAAAGAGGUGGAGCUAUAUAGAAAGGAGUUGAAAGCCGAUGACGCUGCCCUGCCUGCGCACUGGGACGACAUGAAGGGCGACCUGGUGAAGCGGGUUCCCGUGGCUCCGGGGUCCAAGGAAUACAACGAGGUGGAGAAGGAAUUUAAAAGGACCGGUCUGACUAAUAACGUUAUCAGUAUCGAACGGAUCCAGAAUGCGACACUGUGGCAGAGCUACCAGCUCCUGAAGAAACAGCUGGAGGUGAAGAACAAACGCACGGACAACGAAAAGCUGCUGUUUCACGGCACCAGUGCCACCUCCAUUGACCUCAUCAACAACCAGGGCUUCAACCGCAGCUACGCGGGAGCACACGGUGCGAUGAUUGGUCAUGGCUCUUACUUUGCUGUGGACCCUGCCUACUCGGCGCAGGGCUAUGCCAAGCCUGACGGCAGCGGGCACAAGCGCAUGUACCUGGCCAGGGUCCUGGUUGGAGACUGCGCCCAGGGAAAAAGUGGCUUGAUCACCCCGCCCUCCAAAAACUCUGGAAAUGCUGCAGAUCUCUACGACAGUGUCACUGAUAACCCCGGCAAACCCACCAUGUUUGUCGUCUUCAAUGACAUACAGGCAUAUCCAGAAUACCUUAUCACAUUUACAUGAACUACCACGAUCAAGCCGUGGAAAAGAUAAAACAUGACCUCUGUCAUAUGUGUUUAAGUUUAAAUUCAGUCUGCAAAAUUAUUUUAAAAGAAUGAAUAUAAUACCGUGUAACAUUUUUAAAAGGGCAGUUGUAAUUUUCUUUAAUUAAGUUCCCAGACAACCACAAACCAUCCCAGUGUGUCUGAGUUUCAGACUAAAUUCAUCUAGAAAAUACUAAAAAAAAACAAAAGCAUGUAUUUUGUCUUUGGCAUGAAUAUAUUAAAACUGCCAUCGUCUUCCUUCGUACGGGUGUUCCACAUUGUAUUUCCUGAAAACAUCUAGAGUCAGACUAGAUCUCCAGUUCGGGACCAGUUCCAUCUCUGUGUGAUGUCCAUCGAUACGUCGAAUGUUAUGUUACAUUUCUUUGGAAAUGUAGAAAACACUAAAAAAAACAAAAACAAAAAAACACCAUCUAACAUCUGUUGUCUGGCAACAGAUGUUAGAUGGUGUUUUCAUUCUGAAACAGCACAUCUGGGCUACAGCAUUAGCUUUCUGGUUUUUUUAGCCAUGCUAGCGCCACGGCCCUGUGGAUGGCAGUGUUGUUCUGGUGGCCUUCCACUUUUUUCCAGACCAAACCAUCUCAACAAAUAGUGGGUUGGAUUAUCACGAAAUUGUGUUCAGACAUUCCCGGUCUCUUUUUCCAACACUUUUUGCUUUUAUGACCAAAUGACCGAGUACUAACAAAAAUAACGACAGUGCCUCCAGCCGAUUUUGCUAAUUGGCAAAUGUUGGCGUGCUAACGAGCUAAACUAAGAUGGAUAACAUGGUAAAUAUACCUGCUAAACAUCAGCCUGAUGUCUACAGAUUCCUAGUCCUGUUUUUAAAAUGAUUUCCUACGAUACCUGUAGACGCACAAACCGCUUGGGUUGAUCGAGGUCAGACGUCUGUACGUUGUAACGUCGACGGAGCCGGCGGAGACCAUCUGACUGUACUGAAUUGCUUGUGAGGCCAUUGUGUGACCAUAUUCCUGUAAACUUAACCUGCCUUCAGUAAAGUUUGAGCUCUGAAUUCUGCCCAGUGUCUUUCUACUCACGUGCCAGAGCCUUUCACUGCCACUUACCCAACUCAGGAUGCCAGGGCCGAAUAAUGAAUCACUCAACAUGACUUUUACAAACACAUGCGAACCCUUGGGAACCCCUGGGUUUUCGGAUUACGAUAAAUAUACUGAGCGCACAAAGUAUUACAUUCUUGCGACUGAUCUAUCAAAGGCAUUUCUGUACCUGUGAUAUAUUAUAAAAUGUCAGACAACACCGUGGGCACAGAGAAGAGCAGAUGGGCCACAC